UGUCAACAAAGGCAAUUACGAUCACCUAACCACAGCACACUGGGAAAACGGUCCCUACUGACUGUCCGUCGAGGUGAAAUAAAGAAAGAUGGGAAAGAAAGUGAAGAAAGAAACUGAGGCUCCCGCUAAAGAUGUGUUUGACCCUCUUCCCAUUGAAAGCAAGAAGCCAGCCACUGUUGUGCUUAUGCUUAGCUCUCCUGAGGAGGACAUCUUGGCAAAAGCCUGUGAAGCCAUUUACAAAUAUGCAGAAAAGGGUGAUGAUAAUAAGAGCACUCUGGUGGGACUGGGAGCAGUGGAGCCACUUUCCCAGCUAAUAUCACACCAGGAUCAGCUUGUGCGUAGAAACGCCGUCAUGGCUCUUGGAGUCAUGGCUACGAACAGUGAUGUAAAAAGGCUUUUGGUAAAACUCGACAUCUUUCCAUCAAUUAUUUUAAAACUAUCACCUGAAGAGGAUGUUGUGGUACACGAAUUUGCCACCCUUUGCCUGGUGUCCUUGUCUAUCGAGUUCACCAGCAAGGUGAAGAUCUUUGAAAGCGAUGGACUGGACCCUUUGAUCAAGCUCCUGAGCAGCCCAGACCCAGACGUCAAGAAGAACUCGGUGGAGUGUAUCUACAACCUUGUCCAGGACCUCCCCAGCCGGAUGGCGGUGCGAGAGCUGAACGGGAUUCCUCCGCUGCUGGAGCUCCUGCGCUCGGAGUUCCCGGUCAUUCAGCAGCUGGCGCUGCGCACGCUGGAGAGCAUCACCACGGAGGCGGGGACCCGCGUGGCGUUCCGCGAGGAGCAGGGCUUGGAUAGGCUGCUGGAGCUCCUGGCCAAUCAAGAGUUCAGUGACCUGCACAUGGAGGCCCUGCAGGUGAUCUCUAACUGCCUGCAGGACAGUGAGGCCACGCUGCUCAUCCAUGAGACUGGGGGGCUGGAGAAGCUGCUGCAGUUUAUAGUCACGCCUGUCUCGCCUGAAGUGCAGAUGAAUGCAGCCACAGCCAUCUCAAGAGCUGCACAGAACAGUGAAAACCGGAAAAUUCUGCAUGAGCACGAUGUGGAGAAGGCCCUGGUCAGCCUGCUGGCUGUGGAUCACGACGGUGUGCGUAUCACCACCUGCAGGACAGUGGCGGUAAUGAGCGAAAACCUGGCCUGCAGGGACACCUUCAGACAUCUAGAGGGGAUCCGACCCAUUGUCCUGCUGCUGAGCAGCGAAUCCGAAGAGGUGAGGGAGGCCGCUGCCCUGGCCUUGUCCUGCCUCACCAAUGGCAACCAGCUCAACGCCUACGCGGUGUACGAGGCGGAGGGGGAUAAGCUCCUUGUGCAGCAGCUGCAGGACCGGUGCCAGGGGGUCGUGGCGCACGCGGCGGCCGUCCUCGCCAACAUGGCGGCCCAGGAGGCCCUGCGCUGCAGUGCCCUGGCCCACGGGGCCAUGCGGGCUCUGGUGGAGCCGCUGCAAGCUGCGGACGCCCGCGUGCUCGCUAGCGCCGCCCUGGCUGUGGCAGCCCUCGCCUGUGACGCAGACGGCAGGGCCGAUCUGAGGGAUGCUGGUGGUUUGGCUCCCCUAAUCAAGCUGCUGAGCUCCAAUAGCGCUGAGGUCCGUUCCAAUGCGUGCUGGGCUGUGCGAAUCUGUGCCAGUGAUGAGCCUACUGCCAUAGAGAUGUGCCGGCUGGAAGCCCUGGAAACCCUACAGGAGAUCAACUCCUCUCCAAACCGCCGAAGCAAAUUCAGUGAAGCAGCCCUUCAAAGGCUGCUUGACAGCAACCUCUCUGUGAAGUACAGUCUGACCGGCCACCUGUCCUCCACCAACAUCACAGUGGAUGGAUUUUAUGACCCGGGCAAGGCACGGGCGGGUCAACGGGUUCUCACCCUGGAAGAGCUGUCUAAGCAGGAAGUCAACCAGCAUCGCCCUGUCAUUGCAGUUAAUGGAAAACCAGAGCAGUUGAUAUCUGUAGAGUUGACGGAUGACAAACAGCAGGAUGGGCUGGUCUCGACUCGCUCCUCGUCCGUCCUGAGCAAGAGCAGCACUAAAACACUGAACAGGGCGAAGAGCAGGGCCCGGAAGGAGGACGAGAAGCAGAAGGACGAGGAGGACGGCAGGGCAGAGGCGGAGGCGGCGGCCGCGGCGGAAAAGCCGUGGGCCCCGCCGUGUGACGCCGAGUUUCAGGACCUGGUCACCGAGGCGGCCAAGGCCGUCCUGCCUCUCCAGGAUGAGAGGGAACAGUGCGUCGUCCUGGCCAAGCUGGUGAGUGACACCAUGGGCGGGGCUGUGGACCGGGAGAAACUGCAUCACUUCAUGUGGGAGCUGCACCUCAGCGAGCUGAAGCUGGAGCUCCAGUCCAAUAUCAUCCCCAUUGGCAAGAUCAAGAAGGGCACGUUCUACCACAGGGCCCUGCUUUUCAAGGUUCUGGCAGAUAGGAUCGGGGUGAGCUGCAGCCUGGUCCGCGGAGACUACAACCGUGCCUGGAACGAAGUCCGACUGACGGAGGACUCGCCCAAGGCCUCGGGACGUUAUCCCCGACCUCAGACCUACGUGGUGGACCUGAUGCACACCCCGGGGAACCUUCUGAGGAGCGAUUUGCCUGCAGCCAUCCAGUACCAGACUAUCUGAAAGAGUCAUACCCAUGACUACUGCUGGGAAAAGAAUGUUUCGCAUGCUGGACUUUGUGCUAGUGUAUCUGCUGAUGCUACACACCCAUGUAAAUAACGGUUUAAAUUGUGAAGCAGUGCUGAUACUGACAACGUAGUUCACAUGAAUGCAGUGGACCAACAACUGGGUUAGGACUUUAUUGGGUCAAGGA